AUGGGUGCCAUUGAGGACCAGGUGCAGCACCUCCACGAUGUUGUCGCCCGUCUCGAGGGCCGCAUCAAGGACCUCGAGAGCCGCCACCUGGGCGGUGCCGGUGCCACCAAGACGAUUGACGAGGUCCGCAUGAUCCUCAUUGGCCCUCCCGGAGCCGGCAAGGGCACGCAAGCUCCCAAGAUCAAGGAGAAGUUCGGCUGCUGCCACCUGGCCACCGGCGACAUGCUCCGCUCGCAGGUCGCAAAGAAGACGCCGCUCGGCCGGGAAGCCAAGAAGAUCAUGGACCAGGGCGGGCUGGUCAGCGACGACAUUGUCAUUGGCAUGAUCAAGGAGGAGCUCAACACGAACCCCGAGUGCAAGGGCGGCUUCAUUCUGGACGGCUUCCCGCGCACCGUGCCCCAGGCCGAGGGCCUCGACGCCAUGCUCCGGGAGCGCAAACAGACCCUGCAGCACGCCGUCGAGCUGCAGAUCGACGACGCCCUGCUCGUGGCCCGCAUCACCGGCCGCCUCGUGCACCCGGCGUCGGGCCGCUCGUACCACAAGCUCUUCAACCCGCCCAAGAAGGAGAUGACCGACGACGUCACCGGCGAGCCGCUCAUCCAGCGCUCCGAUGACAACGCCGAGGCCCUCAAGAAGCGCCUGGCCACCUACCACGCGCAGACGGCCCCCGUCGUCGAGUACUACCGCAAGACGGGCAUCUGGAAGGCCAUUGACGCCUCGCAGAAGCCCGGCCAGGUCUGGGACACGCUCCUGCAAAUCUUUGACGGCGAUGCCAAGAAGGCCAGCAGCACCGGCAGCUCCAUCCUUCGCAGGCUCAAAAACUAG